CUGUUUAGCAAUAGGUGAUGGUUGCAUUCGGCACCAGACGGGCAAAGCGAAGCAGCGUGGUUGGUUCGAGUGGGCGGAGAGGCAGCGAGCACGUGAGAGACGGCGGAGCAGGGGGGGAACGAAUCUGAAUACUGGAGCAACCCGGGAGCAGAAACGAAGAAAAGCAUAACGCGAAGCACAAGACGGCUUAACCGAGGUUGACGGCGGAGUCGAGAAGUUUUGUUUUCCUAAUUCCGGAAGCCUUAAAGAAACGAAUGGAAUCCAAGGGGAAGGGGAAGGGGAAAAUGGGAGGAGUUUCAAGAGAGGCGGAGAUGUCAAUGGCAGCUCUGUCCAUGUUCCCCGGCUUCAGAUUUUCCCCCAAAGACGAAGAACUGAUUUUAUUUUACCUCAAGAAGAAGCUCCAAGGCUCCGACGACAGCGUCGAUGUCAUUUCCGAGAUCGAGAUUUGCAAAUUCGAGCCAUGGGACCUUCCCGGGAAAUCGAGAAUCCCUUCCGACAACGAGUGGUUCUUCUUCUCUCCGAGAGGAAGAAAAUACCCAAACGGAACACAGAACAAGAGGGCGACUGAAUUGGGGUACUGGAAGGCCACCGGAAAAGAGCGAAACGUGAAGUCCGGCUCGGAGAUUAUCGGAACAAAGAGGACUCUGGUUUUCCAUUUAGGACGUGCUCCAACAGGGGAGAGAACAGAGUGGAUUAUGCACGAGUAUUGCUUGAACGACACCUCCCAGGAUUCUAAUUCCAUGGUGGUUUGUCGUCUCCGGAAGAACAACGAUUUUCGCCGGAACAACUCCGACAAGGCGGGUUCGAGUAAAGUGCAGGGUUCCGGCGAGGAUGGGGACGGCGGAGUUGGACAGAAGGUGGGGGGUGAAAGCGAUAGGCUUUCGAAGAACUGCAGCAGUAGUUUCGAUUCUCACUCGCUGGAGCAAAUUGAUUCGGGCAUUGAAUUCCACCGCAAAGAAACGUCCGACCCGGCGCUGCACGAAUCCCUCAGUCGUGAAAAGGGUAACGAUGAAGAUGAAGAAUUGUAUGCAGAUUUGUUGAAAGACGACAUAAUUACAUUAGACGAUAAUUUGCUAUCUGCAACUCAAAAUCCAACUCCGAUGAUCAUGAACUUCUCAGAAUCGGAGAAAUACACCCACUUGCCCAUACCGACCGCAUUGUCAGAGGCGGAGGCCUCGCCGUGUCAAGGCAGCAUCACGAGGAGAAUAAAGUUAAAGAAGCUAGAGCGUAACAACGUCUACAUUAACAUUGGCCUUCUAACAUUUCUUCUCAUCAUUUUUAUAGCUUCUCUUCAUGUACUUUGUAACUUAUAAUUAUCAUGUUCAUUAUUACAUUUACAUUUAUGGUUAUGUUAAUGUCACUCUCUUUUAUUUA